AUGAUCCAAUUACUCAACAAUCCCGGUACUCACAACCCAAACUUGAACAUGGACGAAAUUCUGCCUAAUCUAUGGAUCGGAGAUCUACUAUCUACAUACAAUAUUUCCAAUCUCCAAAGCAAAAAUAUACAUGCAAUCAUAUCUGUAAACGAUCAACCUCUUCCUCAGUGGCUUCGUACCCGCUAUCUCGAACUUGGCUUCUUUCACCAUGAUUUUCGAGUACAAGAUGAUGCGCUAGAAGAUAUUCUACAUAUCAUGAAAGACACAUGCGAGAUGAUUGAUAAAUCACGCUGUGAAAAUCGUGGUGUGUUGGUUCAUUGCGGUCUCGGGAUUAGUAGAUCUGGAACAAUCGUUUUGGGAUAUGGUGAAUUUACUUUCUUUUUACUUUGUGGGUCAUGA